AUAGAAUAAAGGAGCAAGAGAAUUGAAAAGACAAAAGGAAAAGAGGACAGAAUCCAAAACUCAAAGCUGCAGGAGUGGAUGUGUUUGAAUAUUUUUAAAGAAAAAUACAGAAUCAUGAGUAAUCAUUUUGUUGUGCCGGAUUGGAAUGUAAAGCAGCAGGAACAACCACUCAAAGCCGAAGACGGCAGAGACAAUACUACUACUUCUCUUCACCAGCACUCCCACCGCAGCCACCUGCAACCCAUGUCAAACUAUGAAGUUGCAGAGCUAACAUGGGAAAAUGGGCAGCUAGCCAUGCAUGGGCUCCUUCCGCCGACAAAGCCCACAUGGGUUAGAUCUAACGGCACCCUCGAGUCCAUAGUCCACCAGGCUGCAUUUCAUGACCACCAACUUCCUCCGCCCAACAUCAUCCCUUCCAUGGUUGCAUCCUCCGGUACUGCAAGAUACGAAGAGAGCUCCGGCCAAGUUCCGGUGGUGACGAAGAAGAGGACGCGAUCGGAGUCCGGAACAUGCCUGAGAAAAAACUUUGAGGAAGAUGAUGGGAGAUUAAUGCAGUGUGCUAGUGCCAGUGGUACAUUUGGUAGAGAUGAUCAUGAUACCACCAUGAUGACUUGGGCCUCUUAUGAAUCUCCUCGGAGCUUGAAGAUGAAGGUCACUGAUGAUGAUUCUGCUUGUCAUGAUGGAUCCGGAAACCAAGAUGAAGACCGGGAGACCAGAGAGGUGACCGGACGUUCUUCUCUUUCAAGACGAAAUAUUCGAGCAGCUGCUACUCACAACGAGUCUGAAAGGAGGCGAAGAGAUAGGAUUAAUCAGAAGAUGAAAACUCUCCAAAAACUGGUACCCAAUGCAAGUAAGACGGAUAAAGCGUCAAUGCUAGACGAAGUGAUAGACUACUUGAAACAACUACAAGCACAAGUUCAGAUGAUGAGCAUGAGAAGCAUGCCUCAGAUGAUGAUGCAGCAGCAACUCCACAUGUCGAUGCUGGCUCGCAUGGGCAUGGCGGCUGCCGCCGGCGUCGGUCUCGCCAUGGACAUCAACCCAAUGGUGACGGCCGGAACUCCUUUUCCUCACCCAGCUGCUGCUUUGCCUUCCCUUCUCCAUCCACCUCAUGUCGCUGCCGCAGUGGCCAGCGCGGCUCCCACCUUCCUUCCUCCGACUCCCUUCGCCAUGCCGACCGCUCCGUUGCUCCGUCCUGUUGAUCAGCCAAAUAUUAAUCAAGAUGCCAACAACAAUGCCUCAUCAGUUCCCAUAAUGGCUGCUCCUUAUUCCUCUUUUCUUGCACAACAAUCGAUGAAUAUGGAGAUGUAUAAUAAAAUGGCAGCAAUGUAUCGGCAACAAAUGAAUCAGACGACACAGAGAACGGGUUGUCCUGCGCAGUCAAGCCGUGUUCAAGGAUCAGAUAACUAAUAAUUGAAGAUUAAAAGUAAUAUUUAAAGUCCAAUUUUUGAAAGCAUUAAUGUUUCUCCACUAAUGUUAUUAAUUUACUCUAGGACUAAUAAGCUAAAGUUUAUGUAUGCAUGUGUAUAUAUAUGUAUAUAUACCUUGUAUUUCAAUCGGUCUAUUUUCCAUUCAAUUCUUCCCUAAUUUAUUUGUAAUUCUAACUCUUGAAUAUCUAUGUAUAUUAAUCUCAUAA